UUACAGUGCUGUACAGCUACACCGGGGUAUCUGAGAAAAACAAUAUGCUUGUGGAAUUCUGGGUUUUGGCAUUCGUGGGGCUCGCGCUUGCGUUAGGGUCUAAUUCCCCACUUCCCGAACUGAGGUGUGACCUGCAAAAAUACCAGGAUGGCAGCAGGUGCUACCCUGACCCUGGAUUGUGGUACCUUAUGUACCGGAAUUAUUAUGCCGACCCAGAUUUUGGCGGAUCAGCCAAGUGCGUCCGGUACCGCGUCACUGGAACCUAUGAGAACUUCAGCACGUCUAUUGUGUUCAUGUAUGGCGAGGAAGGGAUGGUGAACGGUCAAGGUUAUCUCUCUUCUUCACCGUGCUACACAGCUAAAAACAUUGCCAUUUUUCGCCCGGACAACCUUAGCCUCCCUGUGGAAGUGUACAACUUGCUCUACGUAGAUUGCGACCUUUGCACUAUCAAGCGUCAUCCCUAUGUCGAUAAUGGCCACGGCUGCACCCUCUGGCGGAAGGCGGACACACUUCAUUUGCCUGCCGACGGCUGCGAAUUCAUCUACGACCAAAACUGUGGCACAUCGCCCAAGUAUAAAAUCUUCGACGAGACGUGCCCCACCUAGGAAGUGA